AUGGUUUCUGUGAAUUCCAUAUGCUUGGAAGCGCCCAUUCCGGAUGGAGUUGUACAACAAGCAGUUGGUAAACAGGUGGAACCUCUGGUUCGAAUAACAAAGUUAAAUAAGGUUUACAAAGGUCGCUGGAAAACCGGGCGGGAAAAGGUAGCGGUGAAAGAUUUUUCUCUUUCCAUCUAUUCAAAUAGCAUCACGGUAUUAAUUGGCCACAACGGUGCCGGAAAGACAACUACAAUAAACAUUAUUACCGCAAUAAUGCCACGUACUUCCGGUUCCAUAAUUGUGGACGGAGAGCAAGAUCCCGAUCGGUACCGUCAGCAGAUCGGGUUCUGUCCCCAGCACAACGUGUUUUACUCAUUCCUCAACUGUCGAGAACACGUGGAAUUUUUCGGUUGUUUAAGAGGUUUAAGUCUUGAGGACGCUCGAAAGGAGGCGGUGGAUGUUAUGAAAAAAGUAAAUUUGAUGGAUAAAAGCGAAGCUUUUGUGCACACACUAUCCGGCGGUAUGAAACGGCGACUUACUUUGGCCAACGCCAUCAUAGGGAACACCAAACUGUUAAUCCUCGAUGAACCGACAUCCGGGUUAGAUCCGGAGUCUAGGCGCGAUGUAUGGGAUCUGUUACUAAACCUACGCAAAGACCACACAAUCCUGCUGACAACGCAUUUUAUGGAAGAGGCCGACAUUCUCGGUGACUGGAUUGCGAUCAUGGAGUACGGAGAGUUGAUAGCGUUUGGAACCCCGUUAUACCUGAAACAACGUUAUGGCAAGGGUUACACACUGAAGCUGCUAAAAGGGCCCGAAUUUGACGCCGAUGGAAUAUGGAAAUUAGUUCAGCAACACGUACCCAAGUCAACCGUACGAGAAUCAGUAAAAGAAGUAUUUUCUAUUACGUUGCCUUAUGAAUCAUUGAAUCAGUACCCGGCGCUGUUAAAUACAUUGGAAACCAAUCAGAAAGAUCGAGGCAUUGAAGCUAUAAGCAUGACGAAUGCGUCGCUUGAGGAAGUGUUCUUAAACUCUAGCAAAUCCAACAAAAGAUUCCAGCAUCAUCCGGAAAGUGAAGAUCGCGUCGAUAGUCCCAUCAGAAUGCCACUAACUUCAUCGACUACAGUUAAAAGGGCGUCCAACGUACUGUCACGUGCUUCAUUAAACAUAGGCUGGGCAAUUUGGCGCAAAAAGGUUAUCCAUAUGCAAUGCAACAAGCACAUUUACGGUGCGUUACUGCUGCUGCCUGUUAUAGUCAUGUUUAUUUGCUGUAUCGCCACCGGGCACACGGCAGGUGCUAUGGAUCUAGCCGCCGUAAGGCUUAUCGGGACGAAAAUUUGGAAUGCACGUGGUGUAAUAGCAAUCAAUUCCUUUUCCCCCCAAAAUGGAGACACACAAUCAUUAUUCCGUACCAUUUUAAAGAACACAACGUUUGAGGGAGUAGAUCUGGUGGUUCAGGAAAAUAUAUCACUGAUAGAAUUGCUAAACAAUGAAAUUCGAAAGGAUUACACGAAAUACCGCGACGAAGUGGUAGUAGGAAUUGAUUGCAAUCAUACUAAGGAUGGUUUAGACAUGACAAUACUACACAACAACAACCUCGUGCACAGUACCGGCAUUGGACAAAGUAUAGCGACCACAAUACUGAUGCGCUACUAUUUCGGUCAUCCCAGUGCGAAUGUCGAAGUGCAGAACAUUCCAUCAACCCGCAAAUUACUAAUCGAUUUUGCGACACCAUACUACGUCACGGAGUUUGUAUCAAUCGCGUACAUGUUCUACAUUUUAUUAUACUUGCAAUUGCCUCUGCUAGAACAUCAGACAGGUUUUCGACAAUUACAAAACAUCAAUCGGUACGUGUACUGGACCAGCACGCAUUUGUUUGACAUUUUGCUACAUACUGCGAUAACCACGCUGGUGGUAGUUAUGCUAUUAAUUACCGAUCGUGGUAAUGCUUUUUCGUCUUCUGCGUACAUGCACAUCUUUGCCGCGUUACUUUUGUAUGGCGUGCAAGCCCUGCAGAUAGUGUACAUCAUUAGCAAGUGUGUGGAACAUGCGAAUACGGCGAUCACGAUUAUGAGCUUUUUAAUGAUCAUUGGGGUUUGUGGUGUGGUGCUACUUUCGAGCGGAUACGACGAUAUAAUAAAUAAUUCUACUUUGAUAUUGCUACUGCACGUAGUUCCGGAGUUUGCCUUGAAGCAUUCAAUGCGCGUAAUCUACGAAAAUGAAAAACUCAACAUCUAUAAAUCGCAUUCUUUCAAAAUCGAAGCUGACGACAAUAAGCCACUAUCCCUGGUAAAAAUGUACGUCGCACCACUGGUUGUGGUACCAAUACUGUCGUGUCGAAGAAGCCGAACAUCCAGGGAAAUGGAACUACAUGACGCUGCUGCAAAUGAUGAAACAGAUAGUGUCUUUUUGAAGAACGUACAAGAGGAGUCUAAAACGGUGGACAAAUUGCUGGAGAAUACAACAAACGUGCGGGACCAGUACGCGAUAGUGGUGAAAAAGUUGGAAAAGAAGUACAUGGACGAACACAAGGCAGUGAAACAGAUCAGCUUUGCGGUGAAGCGCGGGGAAUGUUUCGGACUGCUCGGAAUGAAUGGUGCCGGAAAAACGACCGUGUUUCAGAUGCUCUCCCGUAAUCUGCCGAUUUCGGAUGGUCAGAUCUACUUGCAACACUGUGAGGUGCAACAGACAAACCCGUUAGAAUACCGGAAGCAGUACGGCUACUGUCCACAGAUUGACAUGUUGCUUGAUUUUUUGACCGUGUACCAGACGAUAGAUUACUGCGCUUCGAUUAAAAAUAUACAGCAUAGAAAAAAGCACAUUAUUUACUGGCUGGCGGUGUUGGACAUACUUGCAUACAAAGAUCAUGCGAUAGGCCAAUGUUCCGGCGGAACUAAGCGCAAGGUAAACACGAUUCUCGCACUGCUGGGUGGACCGCCGGUUGUGCUGCUCGACGAACCGACGACUGGUGUUGACCCAAAGUCUCGGCGGUUUCUUUGGAAAUGUAUCAAAAAUAUCCAGCAAGAAGAUCAAACGAUCCUGUUAACAUCCCACAGCAUGGAAGAGUGUGAGGAACUAUGUAAUCGGCUGUCCAUUAUGGUCGAUGGAACACUUCGAUGCAUCGGUAGCAUUCUGGAGCUAAAAUCAAACCACGGGCAGGGUUACAACAUACUAAUCAAACUUAAAGACAAGUUGGAUGAUGCUGAAAAUUAUGAAUCGCUUAUUACGGAAAUUAAGAGGCGAUUAAACGCAUCGCUAAAAGAAAAACAUAAAGAUAUGUUGAAAUUUGCAGUGAAUCCUCCGGUCAUGCUGUCUCAGUUAUUUGAAAAAGUGAAUCAACUCAAAGAAGCACACGACGAAACAAUAGUAAGCUAUUCAAUUAAUGAAACUUCUCUCGAGGACAUCUUUAGUUCUGUAAAGGGUAUCCUACCCAACUCCUACUCAAUACGUCCGCGUCGUACAGAAUGGCUCGAAGCACCGGCCGGUGCGCUCGCCGCGACGGUCGAUGUGCUCGCCGCGACGGUCGAUGUGCUCGUCGGGACUGUCGGUGCGCGGACGGCCGGUGCGCUCUCCGGGUCGGUCGAUGCGGGCGCCGGGAUGAUCGGUGUGCUCGAUGGGAUGAGCAUUGUGCUUGCCGGAACGGUCGGUGUGCUCACCGGGUCGGUCGGUGCACGGACGCGAGGUUCUCAGUCAAGUGUUCAAAAUAAAAUAGUUGUGAAACCCAGAGAAAUGAGGACAGCGCAACAUUUCAUUAAAAAAUGUCGUACUGAAAAAAAACGGCACAAGUUUCGGAACAUCGUCAUUACCUUUAUACCGCUCAUUGUGCUUAUAUUCAUAUUGAAUUCUACCCAGAAAAAACAAACAAUAGGCCGAGAUGAGAGCGUAUACGGCGAAGAAGAAUUGGCGAAUUUUUUACCUAGCGAGCUUAUCAACAAAUUCUACUAUACGCCAAAUACCAGCCUAACAAAAACUAUCAUGGAAGAUGUACGUCAAAUUUUAUACAUCGUCGAAGAAAGAGUUGAACCAGUUGCAACCGAACAGUUGUUGGAGUAUAAAGUUCUGGACAACGAACACAUUUGUUUCGGCAUCAUCUUUUCGAAUAUUUCCCAUGAUGAUUUGCUUCGAUACACAAUACGUAUGAAAAACAAUAACUUUCAGACCGAACAAACAUACUCGCGGGACGUUUUCAACGCAUACAAGAUACGCAAUAACGAGUACAUCCAGAGCGGAUUUUUAGCUCUCCAGAAUGCGAUCGAUCGGGCGUAUACAUUUUACUUGGAGAAAGCGAGUCACGGCGACGAUUUAAAGAUGCCACAUGCUUCCUUGCACUAUGGACACAUUCCAGUGGUGGAAAGUCCUAACAUAAAGGACUCAAACAGUGCCUUCUAUACAGUCGUUUGGACACUCGCAUGUGGUACUUUUCAAAGUGUGUACCUACUAUUGCUGCCCUUAUUAGAAGAGCGAGCUAACGGUGCAAAGGAAUACUUGAAAAUAGUUUGUUCGGCUAGCUAUUGGAAUGAGGUGACACUAUUCAGCAUUUCUUUAAUUCAUUUUUUCAUAGUUUUCUUGAUAAGUGUGGUAUACUGUUUAUUCAUUGAUGUUUGGGAAACCAACCCUGCCCAGGUUGUCUGGCUGAUCUUACUCGGCCUAUUGUAUCUUAUACAUUUGAUUGUAUUCAUCUUUUUUCUAAGCACUACCCUCGAAUCGUCAACCAUUGCCGCAGCGGUGGCACCCGUUUGUUUGUUUUCCUCUGUCUUGGUUAGUUAUAUCUUCAAAUCCCUAACAUUGCCACUUUGCAUCUUUCCCGUGAAUGGUUGGCUGACUGGUGGGCUUAUAUUUGUUUCAUACAAAUCCUCCGGUCAUGUCUUUGAGGCACACGAUCUGUUCAAUAGUGCGUAUCCUACGUUUGAAAGUUAUAGUUUGUUCAGCGUUUACCUGAUGCAGCUUUGUGGCAUUAUUUUUUGGCUGUUUCUGUGGUUCUAUGUUACGAACGUAUUUCCUGGGCGGUAUGGAACACCGAAGUCAAAAGGAUUCUGUUUAUCGAAAAACUACUGGCUUAGGGCACGUGGUACACUAAUGGGCAACCGAGUAAUGGCCGAAAGUCGCCGUACAGUGGAUCAGUCAGUUGACCAAGAAAUGGUUCCUGUUGAUUCCAUGUGCUUGGAUACACCCAUUCCGGAUGGAGUUGAACAACAAGCAGUUGGUAAACAGGUGAAACCUCUGGUUCGAAUAACAAAGUUAAAUAAGGUUUACAAAAGACGCUGGAACACCGGGCGGGAAAAGGUAGCGGUGAAAGAUUUUUCUCUUUCCAUCUAUUCAAAUAGCAUCACGGUAUUACUUGGCCACAACGGUGCCGGAAAGACGACUACAAUGAACAUUAUUACCGGUAUGGUCCCACGUACUUCCGGUUCUAUAAUUGUGGACGGAGAGCAAGCUCCCGAUCGGUACCGGCAGCAGAUCGGGUUCUGUCCCCAGCACAACGUGUUUUACUCAUUCCUCAACUGUCGAGAACACGUGGAAUUUUUCGGUUGUUUAAGAGGUUUAAGUCUUGAGGACGCUCGAAAGGAGGCGGUGGAUGUUAUGAAAAAAGUAAAUUUGAUGGAUAAAAGCGAAGCUUUUGUCCACACACUAUCCGGCGGAAUGAAAAGGCGACUUUCUUUGGCCAACGCCAUCAUAGGGAACACCAAACUGUUAAUCCUCGAUGAACCGACAUCCGGGUUAGAUCCGGAGUCUAGGCGCGACAUAUGGGAUCUGUUGCUGAAGCUGCGCAGAGAUCACACAAUCCUACUGACAACGCAUUUUAUGGAAGAGGCCGACAUUCUCGGUGACUGGAUUGCGAUCAUGGAGUACGGAGAGUUGGUAGCGUUUGGAACCCCGUUAUUCCUGAAACAACGUUAUGGCAAGGGUUACACACUGAAGCUGCUAAAAGGGCCCGAAUUUGACGCCGAUGGAAUAUGGAAAUUAGUUCAGCAACACGUACCCAAGUCAACCGUACGAGAAUCAGUAAAAGAAGUAUUUUCUAUUACGUUGCCUUAUGAAUCAUUGAAUCAGUACCCGGCGCUGUUAAAUACAUUGGAAACCAAUCAGAAAGAUCGAGGCAUUGAAGCUAUAAGCAUGACGAAUGCGUCGCUUGAGGAAGUGUUCUUAAACUCUAGCAAAUCCAACAAAAGAUUCCAGCAUCAUCCGGAAAGUGAAGAUCGCGUCGAUAGUCCCAUCAGAAUGCCACUAACUUCAUCGACUACAGUUAAAAGGGCGUCCAACGUACUGUCACGUGCUUCAUUAAACAUAGGCUGGGCCAUUUGGCGCAAAAAGGUUAUCCAUAUGCAAUGCAACAAGCACAUUUACGGUGCGUUACUGCUGCUGCCUGUUAUAGUCAUGUUUAUUUGCUGUAUCGCCACCGGGCACACGGCAGGUGCUAUGGAUCUAGCCGCCGUAAGCCUUAUCGCAACGAAAAUUUCGAAUGCACGUGGUGUAAUAGCAAUCAAUUCCUUUUCCCUCCAAAAUGGAGACAACACACAAUCAUUAUUCCGUACCAUUUUAAAGAAUACAACGUUUGAGGGAGUAGAUCUGGUGGUUCAGGAAAAUAUAUCACUGAUAGAGUUGCUAAACAAUGAAAUUCGAAAGGAUUACACGAAAUACCGCGACGAAGUGGUAGUAGGAAUUGAGUGCAAUCAUACCAAGGAUGGUUUAGACAUGACAAUACUACACAACAACAACCUCGUGCACAGUACCGGUAUUGGACAAAGUAUAGCGACCACAAUACUGAUGCGCUACUAUUUCGGUCAUCCCAGUGCGAAUGUCGAAGUGCAGAACAUUCCAUCAACCCGCAAAUUACUAAUCGAUGUUGCGACACCAUACUACGUCACGGAGCUUGUUUCAAUCGCGUACAUGUUCUACAUUUUAUUAUACUUGCAAUUGCCUCUGCUAGAACAUCAGACAGGUUUUCGACAGUUACAAAACAUUAACCGGUAUGUAUACUGGACCAGCACUUAUUUAUUUGACAUUUUGCUGCAUACUGCGAUAACCACGCUGGUGGUGGUUUUGCCAUUAAUUACCGAUCGCGGAAAUGUUUUUUCGUCGUCUGCGUAUAUGCACAUCUUUGCCGCGUUACUUUUGUAUGGCGUGCAAGCCCUGCUGGUAGUGUACAUCAUAAGCAAGUGUGUGGAACAUGCGAAUACGGCGAUCACGAUCAUGAGCUAUUUAAUGAUCAUUGGGGUUUGUGGUGUGGUGCUGCUUUCGAGCGGAUACGACGAUAUACAAAAUAAUUCUACUUUGAUAUUGCUACUGCACAUAAUUCCGGAGUUUGCCUUGAAGCAUUCAAUGCACGUAAUCUACGAAAAUGAAAAACUCAUAGUCUAUGAAUCGCGCUCCUCCAAAAUCGAAGCUGACGACAAUAAGCCACUAUCCCUGGUAAAACUGUACGUCGCACCACUGGUUGUGGUACCAAUACUGGUAUUGAUUUUAAACGAAGUCAUUGAGCACAUUUAUCGGCGAGAGAAUAUUUCAAAGUUCAAAAAUUGUUCCGUCUUCUGUUUGAUGUUUAAAACUAAAAAAUCGUGUCGAAAAAGCCGAACAUCCAGUUUAGCGAAACUACAAGACGCUGCUGAAAAUAUGGAUGAAACUGAUAGUGUUUUUUUGAAGAACGUACAAGAGGAGUCAAACACAGUGGACAAAUUGCUGGAGAAUACAACAAACGUGCGGGACCAGUACGCGAUAGUGGUGAAAAAGUUGGAAAAGGAGUACAUGGACGAACACAAGGCAGUGAAACAGAUCAGCUUCGCGGUGAAGCGUGGGGAAUGUUUCGGACUGCUCGGAAUGAAUGGUGCCGGAAAGACGACCGUGUUUCAGAUGCUCUCCCGUAAUCUGCCGAUUUCGGAUGGUCAGAUCUACUUGCAACAUUGUGAGGUGCAACAGGCAAACCCGUUAGAAUACCGGGAGCAGUACGGCUACUGUCCGCAGAUUGACAUGUUGCUUGAUUUUUUGACCGUGUACCAGACGAUAGAUUACUGCGCUUCGAUUAAAAAUAUACAGGAUAGAGAAAAGCACAUUAUUUACUGGCUGACGGUGUUGGACAUACUUGCAUAUAAAGAUCAUGCGGUGGGAGAGUGUUCCGGCGGAACUAAGCGCAAGGUAAACACGAUUCUCGCACUGCUGGGUGGACCGUCGGUUGUGCUGCUCGACGAACCGACGACUGGUGUUGAUCCAAAGUCUCGACGGUUUCUUUGGAAGUGUAUCAAAGACAUUCAGCGAGAAGAUCAAACGAUCCUGUUAACGUCCCACAGCAUGGAAGAGUGUGAGGAACUAUGUAAUCGGCUGUCCAUUAUGGUCGAUGGAACACUUCGAUGCAUCGGUAGCAUUCUGGAGCUAAAAUCAAACCACGGGCAGGGUUACAACAUACUAAUCAAACUUAAAGACACGUUGGUUAUGGAUGAUGCUGAAAAUUAUGAAUCGCUUAUUGCGGAAAUUAAGAAGCGAUUGAACGCAUCGCUAAAAGAAGAACAUGAAGAUAUGUUGAAAUUUGCCGUUAAUCCUCCGGUCAUGCUGUCUCAAUUAUUUGAAAAAGUGAAUCAACUCAAAGAAGCGCACGACGAAGCAAUAGCAAGCUAUUCAAUCAACGAAACUUCGCUCGAGGACAUUUUUAUGAAAUUUCGCGCAAAAGCAAAUGAAAGUAACCCUUGAACAGCAGUUUUAUUUAAAAAAAGCAUGAAUUUUCAGCAACGUUUAUAAAACUAAGAGGGUUGUGUAGUUCCUGUGCAAACUCUUAAUCAGAGUACUCUCGAAAAUAGUGAGGCUAAGCGAAAAACGUAUGAAAACAGUUCACAAAUUGCUUAUCCCAAAGAACAGGAUAUUGUGGCAAUCCAAAACCACAUUCAAAAUUGUUUUUAAAAUUUUUCUGAUGCAUAAUUUCCGAGAAUCGGUAUCAUGUUUGACUAAGUUUAAUCGGUCAAUUUGUCUCUCGUUUUUGAAACGCAAGAACUUCGUCGUAUUUGAAGAUAUUUUGUAUUGUGUCAACAGCUGCUGUUUAAUGCAUCUGUAUACUGUCUUUGUUUUUUGUAUGUUGAUGCACGAGUUUCAACCAAUGCUACUAAUCUUGUGGUUAGUUAGUUAAUAUAUAAUUGAUGCUUUUUCGAGCUACAAUCAUAAAACGCGUUGCAAACAUCCCUAAUGAAAAUGAGGAAAUAGCAGGAAAGCACGUAUUUAUUGUAUUGUUUUGUGUGUGAGGAUCAGUAUUCAAAUAAAACAAAGCGAUUUUUUAAUA